ACACACACACACACACACACACACACACACACACACACACACACACACAUAAUGACAUCACAGUUUGACACAAAGAACAACUUUUACUUGAGCGACAAGGAUAUCCAACAGCUACUGUCGAAACUAGACGAGGGAACAGAAACAGCCAUCAACUUGCGUAGCUUGCUCUGUUAUAAAACAGCUCAACUCAACGAACUGGUGUCGCAAUUGCAACUCAUUGACCAAGUCUUGUUUAAUGUUGAACAUGGAACAGAGCAAAUUGAACUGGUGUUGAAGGACGUGAUAAGUGCAGGACAAGAAAAGCUGUUACAUGCACAAGCUACGUUAGAUUCUGCAAUUAAAUCUGCUGGCACGCUCUACUCGAAGAAACCCGCAGCGGUGGCGAGCAAGGGCCAGAAGAGGGCCAUGGUGAACAAGGUGAAUAGUUUGUUGACUCAACUGGGCAUCCACUCGCACUACAAAAUAGAUGAUGACUUGGUGGUGCUACAAAAGGCGUUUCUAGAUCUCGAUUUAGCAAAAAAUAUUGCCACGACGAUCAAAAGUGACUUGAAACACAGAAGCACUUUAAUCAAGAGUAAAAAUGCGCCCCUUCAUCAAAUCCAGCAGAUGGGUGUGGGUAUAAGGAAGCAGGUCUCUCUUUAUCGAUCCUACACACAAAAUGCACCACUGUUGGUGAAUAAUCAAGACGCCAUUGCUAUAUUAGACCGCGAGGAUCAAUGGGUAUCCAAGAUUGGAUCGAGGCAAACAUCCAGCGCACUUUUAUUAAUAUCACGACAUACGACAUCAUCCAAGGCUAAAUCCAAAGAACCACAAGGUCCUGGUUCCACAUUAAGAUUGCGUAAUAUGCUGGCUAAAAGAAAACCAGCUUCCAUCGUAUGUUAAAUAACCCAAAAAAAAAAAAGUCCCCCUUCUCUCUCUCUCUUUCUCUUUCUCCCCUUCCUUUCUCCUUUUGUGUAUAUAAUAUCCCC